AUGCACGUGACUGUAGACAUGUGUAAGAAGCAAGUGAUUCGAACGGUUGGGAUGAUGUGUUUGUUGUACUUGUUAUUGCUCGCACAAUUCGUAUCAGCAGCGACAGAAGAAAAAACGAGUUCAGAACCACCAGAUUCCCCAUACGAGACGCAAACGGCGCAAUGUACGAUUACUUCCGGCGAUAUAGAAGCUAGUGCUCAAGCGUCGAUUAGCAAAACUUUAGUAGGAGUGUGCGGCUCAGACGAAAUGUUGGAGGCCUUCCGAACUCUGGAGAUGAAAAUGCUUGAGGAGAUGUACAACCUUCGGAAGAUGAUACGUGAUCCUUACUUUGUUCCACCGCCGCUGCGUCCAUCUGUUUACAAAUCAAUCAAAAGAACUACAACUGCCUCAAAUACGUCUUCCAACACAGCAAUUCCUCAGCAGUCAACCGCGGAACGGACCGAUGGAUCGCAAGUUGGUACCGCAUCUUCUAAGCAGAUGAAUGCGUCACUAUCGUCAGUAUCAACAACGACACCCUCAGCGAAAGUCGUCUUCCCGGAUGAUUAUGACGAUGAGGAUGAAGAGGAGAGCUCGGAAAGCUUGCACAAAGGCACUAAGAAACAAAAUAGUGAAUUAGUCAAAAAUCUUCCAUCGUCCGGAUUAAAUAACACCCGUUCUGUGUCGCGAUUAUCACUGGAUGAAAAACCAUUACCACCAGUAUCAGCACCGAUCGACUUCAAACCGAUCGACAAACCUAUCGAAAAGAAUUUUAUCACUGGAGGGCUACGAGACUAUGAAGUUUAUCGCUUCAACAACACCGUCAUCUCUUCGGGCGACGCUAAAGUAUUCAAAUACUUUUGGAAAAUUGAAAAUUUCAUGAGUCGGGUGCGUGCCGCCACCACAAGCCUGAAAGGAGCCACCUUCUCCAGCCCAGUGUUUGUGAUCUCCGGGUUGAAUCUUCGUCUGCACGCUAAAACAACAAUGAAACCGAACGGUGAAGUAUUGCACGUGCAACUGGAACAGUUGUCCGCGUCUGACGAUGCUCUACGAAAAACUCCGAACGUUAUCCUCGCUUCGGGAGCACUUUACGGGCAGGUGGAAACGAAAAAAUUCUUCCGUCAUAAGAUUAUGAUUCUCAACCAAGAUAAACCAUUCAGUGAUUUAAUUUCCACCGAUCUUACCAACACUAAUGCGAAAUUUGAGGCACCACUAUCCGCGUUGACAGCAGAGCCUUACCUGAAGGAUGAUAAGCUGCUAGUUAAGGUUAUUAUAUUUCUUUAA